ACGUCAGGGGAUUUCCAGACUGUUAAAAUCUGUUUAAAAAAAACAGAGAGAUUUGUUAACGUAGUGGCAGAUCAAUCUGGCGUUCACAUCACAAGCCGCGGAAUGCAAGACAGUUCAAUUUAAUGAUAUGUCGUCGUUGAUAGUACAAGAUUAAGAAGUUAGACACGUGUCACUGGAUCAGACGCAGUACGGAAAACUUGUGGAAAGCACGAAGAGGAAGCGAGUCCAUUACUGUCUGUGUUGUUAAUGUCAGCAUUACACAUAAACACUCGGAACAGAUUCGUAUGUUUGCAAAAUCCGAUUUCAACGCCAGUGUCAAUAUCGCAUCGUGAUUACAGCAAUUUAAGUCGGGUAAAAAGAAAAGCAAGCUGACAUCACCGUCGACUGGUCCGAAGAAAAAAUAAAAACUGUUAUUUAUUUAUUUUAAUUCGGGUUAUUAAUAAACUGCAUAAUACAGUAUACAAACUAACAUGAAAAAUAUGAGCGGAGAAGACGGAGAUGCCCAUACCUGCACGCCCCACACAGAUGAUUCCAGGACCAGUGUAGUUGAUCACAGUGCAUCUCAACUGCAAGACCAUGACGCAGAGCUCGAAUUAAUCAACGAAUAUAUCAAUGAAGAUGAAGGCCUGAAACCAUUGUUGCCUGGCCCACCACCACCACCCACUCCACUGCUGGAGACGCUGACAACAUCACAACUCAUACCCAGGAGCACAGAGUGUGUCAGCUCACCACAACCACAGCCAAUCGGAGACGCAAGCUAUUCGCAUCACAGCUUCGGACUGGUGACCGGCGGGGCAGUGAUGAAACGUCGGUCAGGGGCAGGGCCCCCCCCCCAGCUGGUAGCCCGGGGCACCGCACAGCGCAGUGGCACCAGGAGGCUGGUCCAGCGGGGGGGGCAAGCAGGGUCCUGUGGAGACACGGGCACUCAGGGGCUGGAGGAGUUCUUGAACCUGCCCAAGCUGCUGAUCACAGAGCAGCCCAAGCAGAGGGGGAUGCGCUUUCGCUACGAGUGCGAGGGUCGCUCUGCAGGCAGCAUCCUGGGGGAGUCGAGCAGCGAGCAGAACAAAACCCUGCCCAGCAUUGAGAUACAAGGCUGCAUUCAUCAGGUGAAGAAGGUGAAAGUGACAGUCUCGCUGGUGUGUAGAGACAUUCCUUACAGACCUCACCCGCACAGCCUCGUGGGUAAAGACUGCGAGGACGGGGUCUGUGUGGUGAGCUUCAGCCCCCGGACCAACAGGAAGCACAGCUUCUCAAACCUCGGGAUCCAGUGUGUGAGGCGGAGAGAAGUUGAGCCAGCGCUUGAGAAGAGACGCAGCCAAGGCAUCGAUCCAUUCAACACUGCCCAGUCGAGAAGCAUCGAUGAUGUGGAGAUGAAUGUGGUUCGCCUGUGCUUUCAGUGCGAGGUGCUGUUCGAUGAAGGAAAUAAAACCAAUUUGACCCCUGUGGUAUCUGAACCUGUGUUCGACAAAAAGGCCACAACAACAUCGGAGCUGAAGAUUAACCGAUUGAACACUGCCCGAGGGCCGUGCUCCGGGAAGACCGAGAUCUACCUGCUGUGUGACAAGGUGCAGAAAGACGAUAUUGAGAUUAUCUUCAGUCUGGAGGGCUGGGAGGCGAAGGCGGAGUUUGCCCAGACUGACGUCCACAGACAGAUCGCCAUCGUGUUCAAGGCCCCGCCCUUCAAUGAGCUCGACAUCACCGAGGAGGUGGAGGUCAACGUGCAGCUGCGACGCAUUUCUGACCAGAUGGACAGCGAACCUGUCAAGUACACCUACUUCCCUGAAAACCAGGAUCCUUAUGAUGUGAACAGGAAGAGGAAAACGGCACGCUCGAAGUUGAAGGUAGAAAUCGACGAGACAGAACAAACCACCCAUCUGCCAGAUCCUUUUCCUCCCAAUGACUGGUCUGCACAUCAGCCAUUAAACCCUCCGCAAUCAGAUAACACAUUUCUUGAAAAUGCAUUCCUCAAUAAUUAUCUUAAUGAAUCCACAUUGCUCGGGGACAUUCAGCACAACUUGACCCAAGAGCAAGAUGCACUUACUUGGGCUCUCUUAGAAAAUCAAGAGAUGCAGGCCUACAAUGAUAUCCAUCUGGGAGGGGAAAAUGCCAUGAGCUUAGCUGCUACAAUGAACAUGUGCAUCCACGCCCUGGGAAAAACAAGCGACCCUUUCAACCAACAGCACGGAUACUUGGAUCCUUCCUUCCAACCAACACCCGUCAUGGACCAUCAGUUUCAAGCAUGUCCGAACUACAACCUCACCAUGAACGGGAACAUUGAGUCAAGCCUGGGGCAAGGUGCCUUUGCAGGGUACCUGGAGCAAAACCUCAGACCCGCCGAUGAGAAGGUGAACACCAAUGUGCCAGAGAAGACGGAGAAACCAUGACCAGCUGCAGCUGGAGUUUUAUCUGUGAUUGUUUGUUCAUAUUGACACUUCACUCAAGGGAUCGUCAAUUGUAGCUGACAAUGCUGUUUGGUUGGCAAUCUCAAGGCACCAGAAGACUGAACUAUCAAGAUUGGUGCCUGAGCUAAAGCUAAGAGAACUGUACUUGAGGAACUGUAAGGCUUGGCUGCUUUAAGAUGGAUUCGGAUAGGAUUGGGCAGGAUUUGUCGACCCAAGCAAGCAAGCAAAACAACAGGGGGACCACAGAUUCUGUUGGUGAUUGUUUAGCACGGCUUUUGUAAGAUUUCCAUUACACGAGAGUAGAUGUUAAAACUUCAUGCUGAUUUGAACUCGGCUCUCGCCAAGAUAAGCACCAACUAAUAGAAUAUAGUCACAGCUACAGUUCAAUUUCUGUAUUCUUUGUUUAAUUGUUUUAUUUAAAUUACUUAAAGUAGUUUUUUAGACCAUUGUAAGUGCACUGUAAAUAUUUUAAAAGCAUAAAAAAACGACAUUUGUUUCUGUUUUUUUUUGUUUGUUGUUUUGUCAAGGGUAGCUCUUCAGGAAUAGUUUUGAAUGGCUACUGAAAUUGCUAUUAGAAGUCACAUCCUCACUGGGACAGAACUGCACUGAUAAGAUCAACGACAAAGUAUUCUGAACGUUUAAAUCACAGCAUGUUUGAUAAAAACAAAUUAAAAGCAAUAGCGUCUUGCUUUAUCUGUUUGUGUUCCUAAGUGUUUGGUGGCUCUCCCUCUAAUCAAGUUGAGAGUCCAAGACUAAAGGUAGCCACCAAACACUUAAACGUACAAGAACUAUAUCUAUGAAAAUAACUUUUAUUUUUUUUAAUGUUCGUAUAUUAUUUCCAAAUUUAAACAAGCGUCUGAAUAUUCUUUAUAAUUAGUACUAUAUUACAUUAAAAAGUUGCUUCCUUUG